CACCUGCCUUCCAAGCAUGCACCCCUCACAGUCCUAUGAAAACAUCUCCUUCUUCCAGCCACCUGCUUUCCUGAUGAUUGGCAUCCCAGGAAUGGAGACCAUUCAUGGCUGGAUCUCCAUCCCCUUCUCCUCCAUGUAUGCAGUGGCCCUCACUGGAAACUGCCUGAUCCUCCUGGCCGUGAGGAGGACACCCAGCCUGCACCAGCCUAUGUACUACUUCCUGUCCAUGCUGGCCCUCACUGAUGUGGGCCUCGCCUUAUCCACACUGCCCACCACUCUGGCUGUGCUCUGGUUUGACCAACGUCUUAUUGGCUUCAGUGCCUGCCUGGUCCAAAUGUUCUUCCUCCACUCCUUCUCUGUGGUGGAGUCCUCAGUGCUCCUGGCCAUGUCUUUUGAUUGCUUUGUGGCUAUCUCCAACCCCUUGCGUUAUGUAGCUGUCCUCACAAAUAAUGUCAUCAUCAGGAUUGGGCUGGCUAUUGUGGCCCGUGCCACCUUGUGUCUCUUCCCUGUGCCAUUUUUGAUUAAACGUCUUAACUUCUGCCCUCGCAAGAUCCUCUUAUCCCACUCCUUCUGUUUCUACCCUGAUGUUAUGAGAAGAGCUUGUGAAGAUAUCACCAUCAAUAUACACUAUGGGCUCUAUGUGGUUGUGUCCACUGGGGGCAUAGACUCCCUAUUCAUUUUCCUGUCCUAUACCCUCAUCCUGUGCACAGCCCUGGGGCUGGCAUCUCCCCAGGAGCAACUGCGGGCUCUCAAUACCUGUGUCUCCCACAUCCGGGCUGUGUUUGUCUUCUUUAUUCCAGGUAUCACCACGUCCAUGAUUCACCGCUUUGGGAAGCAUUUGCCUCACACAGUACGUGCUCUUGUUGCCUAUGUAUACUUGGUUGUGCCCCCUGUGCUCAACCCCAUCAUCUAUAGUAUUAAAUCCAAGCCCAUCAGAGAAGCCAUGCUCAGGAUGCUAAGGCAGAAAGGCUAA